AUGGCGUCCCUUAAUCUCUCCAUAAACGGCCCGUCCAUCAAGAGCAGCUACAAUGGCGUCGUUAACGGUCCCCCGCCAUCCUCCGGCUCUCCCACCUAUGCUCAUUGGGCACUCUUCUCAGUCCAGGCCCCUCUUAUGAGUGCCUUCCAAGACAGCGCUGCCAAGGAGAGCAUUCUCAAGGUCCAAAGCACAGGCGAUGGCGAGCUUACAGACCUAAUCGAGGACUUCAGCGAAGGCCGAAUCCAAUUCGCUUUCGCCAGAGUCAAGGACCCCAACAGUGGUCUCCCCAAGAGCAUACUGAUCGCGUGGUGCGGAGAGGGUGUCCCCGAACGAACCAAGGGCUACUUCACCAGCCAUCUCGCCGCAGUUUCAAAGGUCCUCCACGGAUACCAUGUUCAGAUUACCGCUCGCUCCGAUAGAGAUCUUGAGGUUGACUCCAUCAUGCAAAAGGUGGCCGAUGCGUCAGGCGCCAAGUACUCGGCCGGUAGUUCCGAAGGCCCUCGUUCCAGUGCUCCUCCUCCCGUCAAGACAAAGCCUGUCUUUACCCCCACCACAUCCAGCCGAGCUAACCCUCUUGUCGCUGCUCGAUCCAAGAGAGACGAGAACGUGGACUCGGAUGGCUGGGGUGCCGAUGCUCCUCCUGUCACAAGGACUCAGAUUGAAAAAGUCGAGUCUGCUUACAAGCCUACAAAGGUCAACAUUGCCGAUCUCAGCAAGCAACCGACCGCGACUACCAGUGGAAGCGCCCCUGCCAACCGAGAUGAGACACCUGGAGAUGUGGUCAAGGGCGGCUACCAACCCGUUGGCAAGGUCGAUAUCGCUGCUCUUCGCGCUCAGGCUCAGAAGGACAAGGACGACAGGCCGACUCCUGUGAAGGGUUCUUACGAGCCUGUUGGAAAGGUCGACAUUGCGGCAAUCCGGGCACAGGCAAAGAAGCCCGCCGCUUCCGAAGAACCUGAGGAGGGCGAGCCACGGCCCGUCUCCCAGCGUAUGUCUGCUUUCUCGCAGCCAUCCCAAUCUGAGCGUAUGACAUCGCUACCCAAACCCAAAGUCGCCAACAAAUUCGGAGGUGCAGCAAGCUUCUCAGGUACCAAGGCUCCCACACCUGGUGGCCUGGGCUUUGGAGCUCCUGCUCCUGAGAAAUCUGCCCCUGUUGGUGCCGCAAGCCGAACGUUCGCGGACCAAGGUGGAAAGACUCCAGCCCAGCUCUGGGCUGAACGAAAGGCCAGGGAGAGGGGAGAAUCUGUUGGUAGCAACAACGCUCCGGCCCCGGCUGAUAGUGCUUCUCCUGUCCAGCCUCAGAAGAGCGGAAACGAGUGGAAGAGUGGAUACGCUGGUAAGAGCUGGGCUCCUGUUCAGACUGGAGACUAUGGAAGAGGCCUUCCUGGACAGAUAAGCCGAGAGAACACGGGUGAGCAAGGGGAGACACCAGCAUCACCAUCGGGAGUGUCUGCUCUGCGAGACCGGUUCAAGGACACUGUGCCUAUCAGUGGAGCACCUCCCCCUCCUGCGGCCCGUCCUGCUCAGGACGACGAUUCACCACCGCCACCAGUUCCUGGCGAUUCUCGACCUUCUGGGGGCUUUGCUCUCCCUGGUCUGCCCAACCGACCCAUGCCCAAGGACGAGCAGUCAGACGACGAGCGGGAGGAUCCCUCAACAUACGAGACAGCAGCGGAACGAGGACGAUCUCCUUCACCUCCUCGCGUUGCUGUUCCCGUCAGCCGUGGACCUCAGCCUGACGUUGGAACCCCUCCUGAGCAGCGUGCUCCUCCCCCACUCCCUCCUAGCCAAAUCGAUGUGCCUAAGGAGUCAGAACUUGCUGAUGACAAGGAAGUUUCUACCACCGCUCGCUUCGCAGGUGGUGCGGCUGCGGGUCUUGCUGUAGGAGCUGCUGCUGGCGUUGGAGUUGCUGCUGCCGCUGGUGCUUUCGAUCGUGAGCCCAGCCCUGAGCCUCAGUACGAGCCUGAACCUGAGCGCGCUCCUUCGCCUGCCCCUCAACAACGCGCUGCUGAACCAGCUCAUGAGGCUCAGGGCGGCUACCGUGCUGUGAUUCAGUACGACUACGAGAAGGCCGAGGACAACGAGAUCGAAUUGGUCGAGGGUGACAUUGUCACCAACAUCGAAAUGGUGGAUGAGGAUUGGUGGAUGGGUACCAACUCCCGAGGUGACACCGGUCUCUUCCCUAGCAACUACGUGGAGUUGAUCGCAGACGACGAGCCCGAGCAACCGGCUUCCGCUGCGGCACCACCUCCUCCCCCUGUCCCUGCGGCCGAGCCCGAACCCGAGCCUCAGGCUCCCGCCGCUCAGGCAGAUGCCGGCCAUACGGCCGUUGCCCUUUACGAUUAUGAGGCUGCGGAAGAUAACGAACUAAGCUUCCCUGAAGACGCCACAAUUACCAACUUGGAGUUCCCUGAUGAGGAUUGGUGGUUUGGUUCAUUUAACGGCCAUACUGGUCUGUUCCCGGCCAACUACGUUCAGCUUAACCAGUAA